AUGGCUACUUGGGCUUACCCGCCUCUACCCCCAGAGCGCCUAGAACAGGAAGUCGACUCCGCGUUGGCCAAAGAGCUAGAAUGGCUAUUACGUUCGCUGCAAGACUCCCUUACCUCGCUACGGGAGGGCCUCCAUGAAUGCGCGGCUCUAUUGGCACCCAAAGAGCCGGGAUCAACACUAGUCCUCUCUUCUCUACGCUCUGAAAAUGUGAAAGGCUUUGUGACUCGGGUUGGGACAAAGAUCGUGAAGGGCGACAUCCAACUCCGUCUUAGCUCCCUUGCCUCACGGGGCUCAGCCACUACCCGCUUGUGCCUGGCAAAUACCCCUACAACACCCGAGCUCAUUCUAAGUCAAUUAGUAUCGGUCAAAAACUUGGUCAAUCAAAGUCUCGACAUUGUCGAUGUAAGCACCUGGACCGGUGACCCGCUCAACGCGGGCUUCAUCUACAGCCAACUGCACCUCCUGCGCGAGACGAUCAGUGAAGCACGGCAGAUGCUGAAGGGCGAAAGCGAUAAGGUUAGAGGCAAGUGGUGGGAGACAAGUGCGCAAGAGGAGAUGUUUGACCCCCCGCUACCGGCAUACUUAUCAUUCCAUCUAUCCAUUGCGGACUCGGCUUUAGUCCUGUAUUUGAGGACGCUAGAAUCUAACACCCCUGUCCAUACGCCAACUGCAUUCGCGACUGACAUCUCUCUCACCGGGUUCAAUCUGCGGGACCGGUUGUUUGGAAGCCGCCAUCGUCCUCACGACGAGGCAGGCGAUGUCUUCACCUGGAAAGGAGAUGAAGUCAAGGUGAGGGAGAAGAUCCGCGUAGAGAGCCAGGACCCUAGCCUUAUGGCCGUGAUGGCCAAACUAACCGCUCUUGAGCACGAAGUGCUGAAGUGGAUAUCAGCUCUCAAGGUGCUCAUGGGCAACGAAGAUACGGACAGCGAGUCUCAGUAG